ACAAUCCAGUUGGCUGUUCCCAUAGAGACGGCGCCUAUGCUUUGCUGAUUGGCUAAGUCACUGCCGGAAAUCGAUGCUGUGGUAUGAUCAGGAUGAAGACGCACUAGAAGCCUUUUGUUUAUAUAUUUUCUUUAUAUGUACAUAAUCAUCGACAAUUUAACGAUUUAAUCGAGCAAUCAUGGCUGAAAAAUUUGAUAACCUAGAGGAACAUCUGGAAAAAUUCAUCGAAAAUAUUCGUCAGCUGGGGAUCAUCGUUAGUGACUUUCAACCAAGCAGUCAAACGGGACUGAAUCAGAAGCUGAACUUCAUGAUCACUGGAUUGCAAGACAUUGAGAAAUGCCGAACACAACUCCAUGACAUCCACGUGCCCUUAGAAGCGUUUGAAUAUAUCGACCAGGGACGGAACCCUCAGCUUUACACAAAGGAGUGUUUGGAGAGAGCCCUUGCCAAGAAUGAACAGGUCAAAGGGAAGAUUGACACAUUGACGAAAUUUAAAAGUUUGCUUAUCUCGGAGCUGGGUAAGGUUUUCCCAGAAGAAAUGGUCAAGUACAAGGCGAUCCAUGGAGACGAUCCACCAUCAUAGUGCACAAGUGUCUAUUGGCUGCGGCCGUGAUUGUGCCAAUCUGAUGAGGUCCAAUCAAAUUCAUGCAGCACACAUGACUCAUCUAACCUGAACGCAUUGAAAUAUUUCAGUGGGCAUGUGCACUGCCAUCAAUUUGAUUGGAUUUGAUUGGUUUUGCGCAAUUGCAAAACUGGGCUGUUGUUGUCGUCAAGCCAAACUGUAUAAAUGUGUAUAAGCAAAUGAAGUUUUUUUGUAAAAGACACAAAGCACCAUGAAACCUUUCGAUUUUUGUAAUAAUUUUCCAACCUUUUCUAUUUCUGCUGCUCAGUAUUCAGGGGGAGGUGUGAAUUUGUCCUUGCAGUUUGAUCUCCAAUCAAUGCAGAAAAUAAUAUAGUUUUGCACCACUUCUGUUGUUGCUUUUGCUGUAUGUUGAUAUGUGGUUUUGUUACUUUUCAUUAAAAGACCCUUAUCAAACAUG